CCUGAGGACCCGCCGCCGGAGCUGUGGACGGUUUGGUGAGCCGUUAGUGCUUCUGCAGAGACUCACGCCGCCGUCAUGUCUCGCUACCUGGGCCCCCCCAAUACAUCUCUGUUCGUAAGGAACGUGGCCGAUGACACCAGGUCUGAAGAUUUACGACGCGAAUUUGGUCGUUAUGGUCCUAUAGUUGAUGUGUAUGUUCCACUUGAUUUCUACACUCGCCGUCCAAGAGGAUUUGCUUAUGUUCAAUUUGAGGAUGUUCAUGAUGCCGAAGAUGCUUUACAUAAUUUGGACAGAAAAUGGAUCUGUGGACGCCAAAUUGAAAUACAGUUUGCACAGGGGGAUCGGAAGACUCCAAAUCAAAUGAAAGCCAAAGAAGGGAGGAAUGUGUACAGUUCUUCACGCUAUGAUGAUUAUGACAGAUACAGACGUUCUAGAAGCCGAAGUUAUGAAAGAAGGAGAUCAAGAAGACGGUCCUUUGAUUACAACUACAGAAGAUCUUACAGUCCUAGAAACAGUAGACCGACUGGAAGACCGCGGCGUAGCAGAAGCCAUUCCGACAAUGAUAGACCAAACUGCAGCUGGAAUACCCAGUACAGUUCUGCUUACUACACUUCAAGAAAGAUCUGAGAAAGCGGAAAAAGAACCAAAGAAGGGCAGUUCAAGCGACCAAAGGGUGGGUGGAAGGUGCUGCAGUAUGAAUACUGUACGAAUAUUUUGACUCUGGUCUGAAAAGAUAAAAGAAUGUUAUCGAAACUACAUGGAAUAAUUGAAGUCCCUUCAAGUUUGAAAGUAAGCAUUUUAGGACAAAUAAAAGGAAAUUCAACUUUGUACUUGUGAAAACUAAUCCCUAAAUCUGAAUAGAUUUAUAUUGAUUCAUGGGUAACAGGUCCAUAAUAAAUCAUUGGAAACUAGGAUGUCUGAAUAUCAAGGAAGACAGCCAUAGUCUUACAGUGCCUCUAUUGGUCUGUCUCAAACUGAAUUGGGUGAGAAAAGGUAUGGUCCAGUAUAAACUUUUUCUUGAUAUCUCUUAAAAGUUGGUUCCAUUUUGCUAUUGGCAAAUCUUCCCUUUGUUUAUUACAGUGCCAGUGUUUUCUGCUUAAUGGUUUGCUUUGUUGGCAUCUGAGUUUAUUGUAUGCCUUGUGCAGUUUACAUCUUCCUUAACACUUUCCCAGGUAAAUUCCAAUUAUAAUACUUGACAUCCAGUAAGAGGGUCCAUCUCUUCUCACCUCUUUCCUAGUCAGUAGCAAACAUUUACUGAGCCCUUAACUAUGGGCAAAAUUGGACUGGGUAAAUUGGGGAGAAAAUUAGAUAAAAUUCACUUAAUGUCUACUGAGCACAAUCUAGUGAAUCAUUACAGUAUGGCCUCGUUUUGUUAGAGGUGUAUUAUUCGUAACUAUUUUACACCAUUCAUAUAAUGUAAUUAUAAAGCCCAAUACACUAUAUCAAAGAUAAUUUUGUGGUUAUCUGCCAUUUAAACAUAUCCAGUAUUUGUUUGCAUCUCAGUACAAUGAAAAAAAUGACUUGUUUAAAUCUGUAAUAAAUGAUUUAUUGUGCAGUGGCUGUAAUAUACUAGUUAUAUUAAAUUGUUAACUCUGCCUCCUCGAACACAUACUAGGAAGUAAUCCCCAAAAUAAGCAUUUAACUUUGUGUUAGAUAUAAAGGAGACUCUGGGUGCUAUAAUUAGAUUCUUUUGAGGCAGACAGCUUGUUAUCCCAACUGAUUUAGUAUGUUCUGUAAUUGAGAAAAUGUUCACCAAGUUAUACUUUUUAGUGAUUUACAUGUACAUUUUAUAGGGGACAUGUUCUGUGUAUAGUGAAUAAAUAACUUUUAUAGUAUCACAAAA